AUGUUCGACUCUCGUUAUCAAUCGCGACGUCUUCUGACAGUGUGCGCUGUUCUAGGCUUAAUAUCGCGAUGUUGGGCAGCGGCGCAAGCAAUCGAAUUUCCAGCGACGGUGGAAGCGCACCUGAUAUUUCCGCGCAACGAAACAUAUGCGCCUUCGCGAUUUUUCCCCAUUAUUUUCGCCAUCAAGGGCUCGCAGCUCGCCGCGCCACUUGAUAUAAACUUCGAUUAUACCAUUUUUGAAAUGAGCCCCAACAAGAGUGCCCCCGGUUCCGAUGGAAUUUUAGAUCUGAGAUGGAUUAAUUGGGCUAACACGAGCGAUCCUUACUACCCGUGGAGCUAUACGGUCGAUCUUGGCGACGGCGAUGCCGACGAUGCACAGUGGUAUCUGCUCUGGACCGUGAGCUCGGGUAACUGCACGAACAAUGAAUCGGUGGCCGAUAAAACACAAUUCUUCAACCAAGGCAAUGGUAUCGAGUUCUCCACCAAGAAAGGCGGGAAGCAACCCGAUUUCAAUGCCGUUGCGGCGGAAGACGAUCCGAGUUGUUCCAGUAUACUAGAAGGCUACUUCAGCUGGAACGUGACAGGGAUCCUAGAUACGCCACGUCCGGACAAAUACGACAGCCAUGAUAAGUGCGCGGUCCUCGAGCCAUCCCGCCUCGGAAGACAAAAUUCAACCACCUGUGGACCCAGGCCAGACGCAUCGGCCGUGUCGAGUCUCGAAGCUGUCAUGACGUCUAGGGCAUGUUCCGCUCUUCACCCGGUUAUAAGCUGUCCACCCGAUGAACCGAAUGGUGCCGCGCCGUUCAGGGGAACGCAAUUUGUGGUUGGUGGAAUGAUUUGGAUGAUAAUCGCGGCCUUUGGCGGGUUCAUGUAUAUUCUUGUGCUAUGA